AAACGCAACCAAUGCUCAUUGGCAAAGGAACCGGAGGUGGCCCAUACUGCCGGUCGCAAAUUCCCGGUAUGUACGGAAUGCCCCAUCCAACGUGGCAAUUUCAAACUCUCCAAAGAGCCCAUCGAUCUCGGCCGUUGGAUGGUCCACGUGGGCCUACUUUGAUAAAGCAUAUCCUCUUGGGCGCCAUAGCCAGGAGCUUGCCAUUUCGCUUUCCCCUAGCGCCUGGGAGGAGUGUCCUUGAGCAGUUCUUCGUCUUUCUUCUUCUUUCCUCUACGCGCUUGAUCAUGCCGCCAAAGCGCAAGGCGAAAUCCAAGGCGGCGGGAAAGUCCCGGAAGGCGAAAGCAUCCGAGGACGAACAGGUCGACAAGAAUACUGCGGCCGAGGAGAUUGAGCAGAAAGAAAGCGCUGGCGAGGUAGAGGAGGCGCAGGAGGAGAAGAAAGACGAGGUCGCGACGAGCGCUGCGGCUCCUCCGGUGGAAGAAAAGAAGGUCGUCGACGAUGCUCCUCCGCCAAAUAUUUCGCAGGAAGAGGAGAGCAAGCCAAAGGCCAAGGGCAGGAAGAAGAAAGAAUCGGCGCCGCUGGUCCCCGGCACCAAGCGAGUGACGAGAUCCAAUCCCGGCCCCAAGGAGGAGGAGAAGGAGAAGGCUCCGCCAGCGUCCAAGGCGCACAUAAUCAUCGAGCACUGCAAGCAAUGCUCUUCGUUCAAGACCAGGGCCGUGAACAUCCAGUCGCUGCUGAUCGAGGCCGAUCCAAGCUUGAAAAUCUCCAUCAACCCGGAAAAGCCGCGGAAGGGUUGCUUCGAGAUCAGAGACGAUGGCGGACGGAUUUUUGUGUCGCUCAAGGACCUCACGAGACCCUUCGAAGAUCUCAAGAAACUCAAUCUGGAGGAAACGGCACAGAGCAUUCUCAAGGAGCUGACUUGAUUGACAACAACAAAAGGAAUUUCUUCACCCAGAUCUACUAAAACCAAAAAAAUGCCCUCUUCUUUUGUUUUAGGGUUCUUCAUUUCUAGGGUUGUUGGAAUGGAUCCCAUCCUCCAAGCU